UCAUGUAGUUUCCGGUCGGAAUUGACGUAUGUGGAUUGACUGUCAACAUGUAAGAUGGCGGCACACCACAGGCAGAAUGCCGCUGGGCGAAGGAAAGUACAGGUGUCUUAUGUAAUAAGAGAUGAGGUGGAGAAAUACAAUCGUAAUGGGGUUAACGCUCUUCAACUGGACCCUGCCCUGAACAGGCUGUUCACUGCCGGGAGAGACUCCAUCAUCAGAAUAUGGAGUGUGAACCAGCACAAGCAGGACCCUUACAUUGCCUCUAUGGAGCACCAUACAGAUUGGGUCAACGACAUUGUCCUCUGUUGCAACGGCAAGACAUUGAUUUCUGCCUCGUCAGACACAACGGUGAAAGUGUGGAACGCUCACAAAGGAUUCUGCAUGUCAACGUUACGGACGCACAAGGACUAUGUGAAAGCCUUGGCCUAUGCUAAAGACAAGGAGCUGGUGGCCUCGGCAGGGUUGGACAGGCAGAUCUUCCUGUGGGAUGUUAACACGUUAACAGCCCUAACUGCCUCAAACAACACCGUUACCACGUCAUCACUCAGUGGGAACAAAGACUCCAUCUACAGCUUGGCAAUGAACCAGAUGGGUACAGUCAUCGUGUCUGGCUCCACUGAAAAGGUCCUGAGAGUGUGGGACCCUCGAACUUGUGCUAAACUCAUGAAGCUGAAAGGCCACUCUGACAAUGUCAAGUCACUGUUGCUGAACAGGGAUGGCACGCAGUGUCUUUCCGGCAGCUCUGAUGGCACCAUCCGGCUGUGGUCCUUGGGGCAGCAGCGGUGCAUAGCUACAUACCGGGUCCACGAUGAGGGGGUCUGGGCCCUGCAGGUGAACGAAGCCUUCACACACAUCUACUCAGGGGGCCGAGACAAGAAGAUCUACUGCACUGACCUGAGGAACCCAGACAUCAGAGUACUGAUCUGUGAAGAGAAGGCGUCUGUACUGAAGAUGGAACUAGACAGGUCAGCCGACCCUCCUCCUGCUAUCUGGGUCUCCACCACCAAGUCAUCUGUUAACAAAUGGUCUCUAAAGGGAAUCCACAACUUCCGGGCGUCAGGCGAUUAUGACAACGACAUAACCACUCCCCUGACCCCUCUGUGUACGACACCUGAACAGGUCAUCAAAGGGGGUGCCAGUAUAAUCCAGUGUCACAUUCUGAAUGACAAGAGGCACAUUGUGACCAAAGACACCAACAACAACGUUGCCUUCUGGGACGUGCUGAAGGCUUGUAAAGGAGAAGACCUGGGCAAAGUAGAGUUCGAUGAGGAGAUUAAGAAGAGGUUCAAGCAGGUCUACGUCCCAAACUGGUUCUCUGUCGACCUCAAAACAGGGAUGCUGACCAUCACGCUAGAUGAGAGCGACUGCUUUGCUGCCUGGGUUUCUGCUAAAGACGCUGGAUUCUCCAGCACUGAUGGGUCUGACCCCAAGUUGAACCUGGGCGGACUUCUACUUCAAGCUCUCCUCGAGUUCUGGCCCAGGACGCACAUCAACCCAAUGGACGAGGAGGAGAUCGAGGUCAACCACGCAGCGGUGAAUGGGGAGCAGGAGACACGGGUCCAGAAGGGGAACGGGUACUUCCAGGUUCCUCCACACACUCCAGUAAUCUUCGGGGAGGCAGGAGGGAGGACUCUGUUCCGUCUGUUGUGUAGGGACUCCGGGGGGGAAACAGAGUCCAUGCUACUGAAUGAAACCGUUCCACAGUGGGUCAUAGACAUCACCGUGGAUAAAAACAUGCCCAAGUUCAACAAGAUCCCAUUCUACCUCCAGCCUCAUUCGUCCUCUGGUGCAAAAACACUAAAAAAGGACCGUCUGUCUGCCAGCGACAUGCUCCAAGUGCGUAAGGUAAUGGAACACGUCUAUGAAAAGAUCAUUAACCUGGAUACCGAGUCCCAGACCACAGCCUCCUCUUCAGCGGCCAAUGACAAGCCAGGAGAGAUGGAGAAGGACGAGGACAUGGCCCUCAUGGCUGAGGAGAAGAUAGAACUCAUGUGUCAAGACCAGGUUCUAGAUCCCAACAUGGACCUGCGAACUGUCAAACAUUUUAUCUGGAAGAGCGGAGGGGACUUGACACUUCAUUAUAGGCAGAAAUCUACCUGAGAGAGAAUCAACAAGACUUUGAGACAGUCUUGUUGAUAUCGUAUUUAUUGUCUGCUGUUUAAACAUCCAACUCAGUCAUCCAGUAUUUUUCAGCCCUAAUGACAAACGGGCAAAUGUUUCCGAGAGGGCAUAGCAGAAACUGGACGGAAACAGCAAGCAACUAGACCUGCGUUUGUCUGUGAAGACCCAAUAUUCUACAUUGGUGUGCCGUAAUGAAAACAGCCCUGGUGCCUGGAAAACCUUUGUCGGGCUAACUGAGGAUGUUGGUGAUUUUUUUUUUAUCAUAGGAAACUCAACUCGAAUGACCAGUAAAAAAAACAAUUGAAGGGAUGAAUUAUGAACGCAGAUCUCUCUCUGCAUAAUAUGCUAUAGAGGCACAAUGGAAGGAUAAUGAUUAAAAUGUUCUUAUUUUUUACAUUCUUAGUUUAUUUUCCCUUUUCUUUGUAAUGUCAUUAUUACUUCUGCGGCAUGGGUUUGUAUAUGUUACUGUACUGUAUAUCUGACUUGAGGUUGUAUGUACAGUCUGUUUAUUCAGGCACAUUCCAGAAACAUCCAGAUAACAUCUUUAGGUAUAUUCAAAUCAUAUCUAUUUUCUCCUGAAGGUUUAAUGCUUUUAGAUGUAUUGGAAGUAGUGAAUGAGUGUGUACCACUUCAGGAGAAAGGAGAUACAAUUGGAAGGAACUUGUCACAAGGGGCCUGGGAGUUACUCCUAUAAUUGUAACUUGACCAAGAAAACCUCCUAGAACUCUCACCACUAAGGACUCCACCUGUAAUAAACCUGGACAGCCAGGAAAUAUUUGUUCCUUACAAUACAGUUUUAAUGGCUUAGUUUACAGAUGUUUUAUUUAGCUGACACUCUUAUCCAGAGAGACUUCCAUAUGUUAUCUGUUGCACCCAUUAGUAUCUACAGUUACCGAUGGGAGAGGGAAUUAAUGGGUCAGUUAAAAGCUGUGUGUGACUAGGUGUGCAGGAUGGUCUGAUUGGAUAUUUAGAUGGGGUUAACACCUACUAACGAUGGGUUUAACACCUACUCAAAGUGACCACAGAGUCAGGACACCCGUUUAACGACCCAUCAUUGGUACCCAACACAGGGUAACCCAACAUGUUCUAUUCACUGCCCUGGAGCAUUGGGGUUUGAUCUCUAGACCAAGGGAGGGCCAGAAGGGAACCGUCUUCCAAAAAUAGCAGCAUCUGGUUCCUCAUCUAGGACCGACCCUGCUUAGAAUACAGCCAGCAGUGGGAUACAGAGUGCUCUGCUGUUGCCAUAAUUCUGGGUUAUUUGGAUUGAAAUAAAAAAAUAUAUAUUGCA